UAAGCUGAACAUUUCCCACAAGAACAGUACAGAAUCUGCAAACAAGCAAUCGAAAUAGCAUUGCAAUGUUGUUAACAGCGAAACCCACUCAGCUGCAACAACCAUGGUUACUAUUCCCACCAUCAUCGACACUUCCCAAUCGAACACGCUUCAACACCAGAAGAAGAAUCAUCAUUCUCAACAACAACAACAACAACGAAACCAACAAUAAUAAUACAUCCUCAUCUUCUUCUUCUUAUCCACCGUUGGUUAGAAGAAGAAACCGCUAUCGAAAACUUUACCCUGGUGAAACCAUCGGAAUCACUGAAGAGAUGAGAUUCGUUGCCAUGAAACUCCACAACGACAAAACCAACACCGUCAACAAUACCACUUCUGUUGUAGUAGAAGACGCUGAAGGACAAAUCCCUGACACGUGGUAUCCUUCUAUGAAAGGUUUUCUUCGAUUCUUGGUUGAUAAUCAGCUAGUUUUUUCUACACUCGAACGCAUUGUUGAUGAUUCCGAUAACGUUUCAUAUGCGUACUUGAGGAAAACUGGAUUGGAAAGAUCUGAAGGGAUUUUGAAAGAUCUAGAAUGGUUGAAGGAAGGUGUUGAGAUUCCCAAUCCAAGCUCACCUGGGACUACAUAUGCCAAAUAUUUAGAGGAACUUGCGGAAAGAAGCGCACCUUUGUUUCUCUCCCAUUUCUACAAUAUCCAUUUUUCUCAUAUAACUGCUGGCCAGGUUAUUACAAAGAAGGUAUCUGAAAAGCUCCUGGAAGGUAAGGAGCUGGAGUUCUGCAAAUGGGAAGGAGAUGUACAGGAAAUGCUGAAAGAUGUACGUGAGAAACUUAACGUGCUUGCAGAGCAUUGGGGUCGGGAUGAGAAAAAUAAAUGUUUAAGAGAAACAAAAAAGUCAUUCCAGUUUAUGGGACAGAUUGUUCGUCUAAUCAUCUUAUAAAGAGACUGGUGGGCUCUCUGUUUUUUGGUUAAUAGCAGUGACUUUUUUAUGGAUAGGGGGCAGUUUGGGAGCGUUAACUGUAGCUUGGCAGCCAUUUUUUGUUGCAGCAAAUAUUACUGUUAUCACGCCUCACAUUUAUGCCAGGUGGAGUGACAAGUUCGUUUCAUUAGAGUCUAGAGAUGUGGCUUAGCUGGAACUACGUGAAGGUCAUGAAUACUGAAAUAAUAAUCACCAUGAUGUUGCAGUAUUACUGAAGAUUUCUUUCUUAUUGUGGCUAUUAUUUCCUACUUGCAGUCUCGUUUGUGACUCUUUUGAGAUCACCACUUAAGUUCUCUGUAGUUUGAAUGUUCUCGAGUAAUAUUUGAGACAUUUGGGAAUCCACAUAAACUUCACAUGUAAUUUAUAAAAAUGGCGGUGCUUUCAGUCAAAAAGAAAAUGGUGACGCUUAUAGGACUGUUUCUUACUUUCCAUUUUAUAAUUAGCACCUCAGUCUUUACUGUAUUUCUGUAUUGUUGCUGUUCUAGGAUGACAUUGAACAAUUUGAUAUUGAAUUUUCCAAAGUAGAAUAUAACGUUUUACUCUCUUUUUGAGAGAUUGAAUUG